GAAACAUAAACUUCUGAAUCAAGAAAAUAUGGCUAUCCAUCUUAUAACAAAAUUAGCAAAACGUAGCAUAAUUCAACACUCACAACGUCGUUUAAUUUCAAAUACAAUUUGUGGGUCUCAAUUUGUUUCGCAUUAUCAACAAUGCAGAGCUUACUCUGCUCGAUCUAUGAACACUGUUGCAGCAGCGACUAAAGUCCCUAAAAAUCAUUUUAUUUCAUUUCCAUUUUUUCUUCGAACAUCGUCUCCGUCUUCUGGAAGUGCGAAAACACAGAUGGGGUUCUUGGCGUGGUAUUUGAGAGCUCUUGACUAUCGUCCGAUCAUCACAAAAUCUAUUUCAUCUGCUAUUAUAUAUGCUGCUGCUGAUGUUACUUCUCAGGUGAUUACGAUGACGCCUUCGGAUUCUCUAGAUAUGAUAAGGACUCUGCGAAUGGCUGGCUUUGGAUUGAUAAUCUUAGGAACAGCACAGCAUCUAUGGUUUAACUUUAUGGGGAGGGUACUACCAAAGAGAGAUGUAGUUUCUACCUUGAAGAAAUUGUUGAUAGGGCAGUUUGCAUAUGGGCCUCUCAUUAAUUCUGCUUUCUUCUCUUUCAAUGCUGCUCUACAAGGUGAGAAUGGGGAGGAAAUCGCUGCAAGGUUGAAUCGAGACUUGCUCCCGACAAUGAUUAAGGGACUUAUGUACUGGCCAAUGUGUGAUUUCUUGACAUAUAAAGUAAUCCCGGUCCAUUUGCAGCCGUUGAUUAAUAGCUCGUUUUCCUACGCGUGGACUAUAUAUUUGACAUACGUUGCAAGUUUGAAGAAAGCUGCUGAUUAAUUUGCGCGCCCGUUAUGGAUGUUUCAAAAUCUUUCAAAGGAUAGAAUCAAAAGAAAGUUACAUUACUCAGCUGAGAGAUCAACAACCCGGGAUUCUUUAUUAAAGCUACCUCACCAAAUUUUACCAUUUAUAUUAUAUCAUAAGAUGUUCUAAUUGGACGUCUUCACGAUCAAGUCACAGUUCAAGCCGUAGUGCAUGAUAUUGAAUUUCAGGUCACUGCUCAGUUUGAGCUUUUCUUACUCCUUGAUGAUUAUGUGAAAAAUAUAGUUAUAUAAGAAAUAGAUUCUUAGAACGAAAAAGGCUCAAAUAUGUCAUCCAACUAUCGGAAAUGGCUCAUUUAUGCCACUCGUCAAUAGUUUGGCUCAUUUAUGCCAUCGAACUAUAGGAAAUGACUCAUUUAUGUCAUCGAACUAUAGGAAAUGACUCAUUUAUGUCAUCGCCCGUUACCAAAAUGACUCAUCCAUGCCAUUUUUCAUUAAUGUCGGUUUUAUAAUAUCAGAUAUGACACAUGACCUCCAAUUAGAGGUCUACGUCGUUUAAUUAAACCGGUCCAUUUUUAAAUACCAAAUUAAUAAAAAAUCUGACUCAUACACCUUACCCACCCACAACCAUAAUCUAGUUGGAGGCCAUGUGUCAUAUCUAGUAUUAUAAAACCGGUGCUAAUGAAAAAUGGCAUGGAUGAGUCAUUUUGGUAACGGACGAUGACAUAAAUGAAUCAAACUAUUGAUGAGUGACAUAAAUGAGUCAUUUCCUAUAGUUCGAUGACAUAAAUGAGCCAAACUAUUGACGAGUGGCAUAAAUGAGCCAUUUUUUAUAGUUGGAUGACAUAUUUGAGCCUU